ACGCUGGUGGGGGUGGGUGAUGUCAUCUCCCAGCAGGUGCUUGAGAGGCGGGGUCUAGCCAAUCACAAUGUGACACGGACGGCCAAGAUGAUGAGCAUCGGAUUCUUCUUUGUCGUGAGUCCUCCUUCCUCUCUUUUAUCUCACUGUCUCACCUCACAUGACUGGUUAGUGUCAGUGUAUCAGUCUUUACCACACAUGCACAUUGGGUUGCUCACACACACACAGGGGAGAGGAGGUUUGUAGGGAGUGGUUCAUGUGCUGUCACAAACACUCCAUUGGCCAGCUGUUAAAGGAAAACAGCUCUGCGACUGUGCGUCAAUAGCAGCCACAAGUAGGUAUGAGUAGGUCUCUGAAGGAGUGAGAGAACAGCUGGGUAGCGUGGGCAGGCCACUCAAGGCCAGGCCACAGCACCAAGGCUCCUGGACACGCCACACACAGAUGUUCCCUCUGACACACUCCUUCUCACAGACUCAGUGAGAUGGCUUUGGCAGUGGCACUCUACAGAGAGCUGAGAAACUCUGUUGUCGUGACUCACCAUAGUCGGUGUGUGUGCAUGCGAGUUUGUAUGUGGCCAUCGGCCCAGUCACUGACCACCCUCUGUGUGACAUCACUGGACAGAGCAGGGAGAGUGAGUGCAGAAUGUCACCUAGAAAUAAAAUGGUUUUGUUUUUCCUCAUUGUUACAUAGGCAAAGAGUAUUUAUCAUUGUAAUCUUCUUAUGUUCGUUCAUUUAAUAUUAUAUUGUUCUUGUGCCUUGUGUAACACUGACAGGAGACAAACACUGUCUACACAGUUAUGUAAAAGUAAAGCUAUAACACAAGAUGACUUACAGAUCUGAAAGAGGUGCUGUGGUUGACUAUGUUGUCUCACAUAUUUGUUUCCAGAAUGUUCCGAAAGCAAUAAAAUUUUUCAUGAUUGCUUCCUGCUGUUACCCAAUCCGUUUUUUAAAUGAUGAAUCUGUGUGAAGUAUCCUGAUGGUCCUGUUUUCAACCCCAGGGCCCUGUAAUAGGUGGAUGGUACAAGGUUCUGGACAAGCUGGUCACUGGGGGGACCAAAAGUGCUGCCAUGAAGAAAAUGCUUGUCGAUCAGGUGAGAGGGGCAUCUGGGCGGCUGCAUUUUAUAUGUUCAUUUUCAAUAAAAAACGAAAACAACUUCAGUACCACCAGCCAGUUGACAUGAAUAGAUAAUCUAACAUGGUUUAUAUUACUUUAGGUAAGUUCUCUAAUGGUUUGGUCAUUAUCCCUUGCAAGACUCCUUUACGCACAAACCAAAUAACAACAAACAUUCUAAAUAUGAGUGGACCACAGGUGAAGGUGCCCUCAGAAGUGCCUGUCGCUGUGGUGCCAGCCAGAGCUGAGUGAAUAGGUGUAACACGCAUCCCACGUUCCCACGUUUACCCCUGGAGGGAGGGUGAAGCCCCCCUCAGCGCGUGUCAACUAAUCCUUGCAUUGACAGGUGGGGGAACAAGGCCUGCUUGUAUAAUACGCUGCUAACAUGAUUUGGGGUCUGUGAAUGCACAGGAAGAGAGAGGACAAUGAGAGGCGAGCGCAGCACGGCCCUCUCCUGGAGGAGGGAUUAGUGUACACUCUGAAGGAUGCACGCUCUCCUUUCACAGCAUUGCUAUUUUCACACACAACUUCCACAAAACAGGGAUUCCAGGGCUAAUUUUAGAUCCUAAAGACCCAUUUCUGUUACAAUGUCCUGUCAAUGUUACCAUAUAUAACACAUUGUGGAGGGAGGGGGAGUUGAUGUUGGUGGUCCUUGUCUAAAUGAAGUUCAUUAGUAGUCGUACGUCAGGUGGUGAAACUGGCCAAAGCUUUACCUGGGGAGUCCUAACCACAGUGAUGAAUCUCCCUUUAUUACAGUCACUGAGCUGUAAAGCUGGCUGGUGUUAAGAAACAAGGUCUUCCCUGACUUAGAUGACUUUCAGUGUUCUGAAAGAAGGGUAAGAUUAGGUAGGGGAGGGAAUGGCCGGCAGGGAGGUAGCUCAGUUGGUAGAGCAUGGCGUUUGCAAUGCCAGGGUUGUGGGUUCGAUUCCCACGGGGGGCCAGUAUGAAAAAAAUUAUAAUAAUGUAUGCACUAACUGUAAGUCGCUCUGGAUAAGAGCGUGUAAAUGUAAUUAGCUGGCAGGGUUUUACGAGCACUUCAAAUAAAUUAAAAGGAAUUUCUCCCUCUCUUUAUUAUACAACAGCUCAAAGUGGGAUCCUCAAGUUUGCUAACAACAUAAUUGCUCACAACAUAGGUUAUACAAGUAAGACAUUGUAUAACUGCUGCCCAAGUGACCAUGAUGUUGAUUUGAUCAACGUUGCAUCAAAUAUCAAUACAAAUCUACAGGGUGAGGGUCUGUGUUUUAGUAACGCAACAGGUAAAUUGCCAUUUUUACUUCUGUAAAUGAUACGUAUUAUGACACCAUUUGGCUUUUAUGUACAACCUUGUAGAGGUAACAACAGCCUACAUGUACUCUACUUUCAGGGCCCAUCAUAAUUACUGCAAUUAUCCAAUUUUCUUUUGAAACCUUGUAAUAGUGGCCAGUGUGCAUCAUUAUAUGUAUGCAUCAUGCCCAUGAAAAAGUAAGAUUCCAUUAAAAGCCACUGAGCAUUUUUCCCACAAAUGUUUCACACACGUCCACAUUUAUAUCAACAUGUAUAUUCACACACACAUACACACAGAUGGAUAAACAGUGUUUGUUCUUGUCAUGUAUCAACAGGUGGGCUUUGCUCCGUGUUUCCUGUGUGCCUUCCUGGGGAUCUCUGGAACUUUGAAUGGACUGACUGUGGAGGAGAAUGUUGCCAAGCUCAAGAGGGUAAGGCUCAUCUCAGCAUGACUUUCCCCCACAGUUUUUAAUUAAACUUACAUUAAACCUCAAAGAAUAAGAUCAUUAAAAAAAACAUAUAAAAUCUAAUCUAAUUGUAUUUGUCACAUGCGCCAAAUACAACAGGUGUAGACCUUACCAUGAAAUGCUUACUUACAAGCCCUUAACCAACAAGUUUGAGAAAUUGUUAAGAAAAUAUUUACUAAAUAAACUAAAGUAAAAAAUAAAAUAAAAGGUAACACAAUAAAAUAACAAUAACAAGACUAUAUACGGGGGGUGGCGGUACCAAGUCAAUGUGCGGGGGUACAGGUUAGUCGAGGUAAUUUGUACAUGUAGGUAGGGGUAAAGUGACUAUGCAUAGAUAAUAAACAGCGAGUAGCAGCAGUGUAAAAUCAAAGGGGGGUUCAAUGUAAAUAGUCCGGGUGGCCAUUUGAUUAAUUGUUCAGCAGUCUUAUGGCUUGGGGUAGAAGCUAUUAAGGAGCCUUUUGGACCUAGACUUGGCACUCCGAUACCGCUUGCUGUGCGGUAGCAGAGAGAACAGUCUAUGACUUGGGUGACUGGAGUCUUUGACAAUUGUUAGGGCCUUCCUCUGACACCGCUUAGUAUGGAGGUCCUGGGUGGCAGGAAGCUUGGCCCCAGUGAUGUACUGGGCCGUACGCACUACCCUCUGUAGCGCCUUACGGUCGGAUGCCAAGCAGUUGCCAUACCAGGCGGUGAUGCAACCGGUCAGGAUGCUUUCGAUGGUGCAGCUGUAGAACUUUUUGAGGAUCUGGGGACCCAUGCCAAAUCUUUUCAGUCUCCUGAGGGGGAAAAGGUGUUGUCGUGCCCUCUUCACGACUGCCUUGGUGUGUUUGGACCAUGAUAGUUUUUUGGUGAUGUGGACACCAAGGAACUUGAAACUCUCGACCCGCUCCACUACGGCCCCGUCGAUGUUAAUUGAGGCCUGUUCGGCCCUCCUUUUCCUGUAGUCCACGAUCAUCUCCUUUGUCUUGCUCACAUUGAGGGAGAUGUUGUUGUCCUGGCACCACAUGGCCAGGUCUCUGACCUCCUCCCUAUAGGCUGUCUCAUCGUUGUCUGUGAUCAGGCCUAACACUGUUGUGUCGUCAGCAAACUUAAUGAUAGUGUUGGAGUCGUCCUAGGCCACGCAGUCGUGGGUGAACAGGGAGUACAGGAGGGGACUAAGCACGCAUCCCUGAGGGGCACCGUGUUGAGGGAGCACCUGGUGGCGGCCCAUCAGAAAGUCCAGGAUCCAGUUGCAGAGGGAGGUGUUUAGUCCCGGGGUCAUUAGCUUAGUGAUGAGCUUUGUGGGCACUCUGGUGUUGAACGCUGAGCUGUAGUCAAUGAACAGCAUUCUCACAUAGGUGUUCCUUUUUGUCCAGGUGGGAAAGGGCAGUGUGGAGUGCGAUGGAGAUUGCGUCAUGUGUGGAUCUGUUGGGGUGGUAUGCGAAUUGGGGUGGGUCUAGGGUUUCCGGGAUGAUGGUGUUGAUGUGAGCCAUGACCAGCCUUUCAAAGCACUUCAUGGCUACCGACGUGAGUGCUACGGGGCAGUAGUCAUUUAGGCACGUUACCUUCGCUUUCUUGGGCACAUGGAGUAUGGUGGUCUGCUUGAAACAUGUAGGUAUUACAGACUCGGUCAGGGAGAGGUUGAAAAUGUCAGUGAAGACACUUGCCAGUUGGUCCACGCAUGCUCUGAGUACAUGUCCUGGUAAUCCGUCUGGCCCCACUGCCUUGUGAAUGUUGACCUGUUUAAAGGUCUUGCUCACAUCGGCUACGGAGAGCGUGAUCACACAAUCGUCCGGAACAGCUGGUGCUCUCAUGCAUGCUUCAGUGUUGCUUGCCUCGAAGCGAGCAUAAAAGGCAUUUAGCUCGUCUGGUAGGCUUGCGUCACUGGGCAGCUCGCGGCUAGGUUUCCCUUUGUAGUCCGUAAUAGUUUGCAAGCCCUGCCACAACCGACGAGCGUCAGAGCCGGUGUAGUAGGAUUCAAUCUUAGUCCUGUAUUGACGCUUUACCUGUUUGAUGGUUCAUCUGAGGGCAUAGCGGGAUUUCUUAUAAGUGUCCGGAUUAGUGUCCCGCUACUUGAAAGCGGCAGCUCUAACCUUUAGCUCGGUGCGGAUGUUGCCUGUAAUCCAUGGCUUCUGGUUGGGAUAUGUACGUACAGUCACUGUGGGGACGACGUCGUCAAUGCACUUAUUGAUGAAGCCGGUGACUGAGGUGGUAUACUCCUCAAUGCCAUUGGAUGAAUCCCGGAACAUAUUCCAGUCUGUGCUAGCAAAACAGUCCUGUAGCAUAGCAUCCGCAUCAUCUGACCACUUCCGUAUUGAGCGAGUCACUGGUAAUUCCUGCUUUUGUUUUUGCUUGUAAGCAGGAAUCAGGAGGAUAGAAUUAUGGUCAGAUUUGCCAAAUGGAGGCCGAGGGAGAGCUUUGUAUGUAGAGUGAAGGUGGUCUAGAGUUUAUUUUCCUCUGGUUGCACAUGUGACAUGCUGGUAGAAAUUAGGUAAAACGGAUUUCAAUUAGCCUGCAUUAAAGUCCUCGGCCACUAGGAGUGUCAACUUCUGGAUGAGCAUUUUCUUGUUUGCUUAUGGCCUUAUACAGCUCGUUGAGUGCGGUCUUAGUGCAGCAUCGGUUUGCGGUGGUAAAUAGACGGCUACGAGUAAUAUAGAUGAAAACUCUCUUGGUAGAUAGUGUGGUCUACAGCUUAUCAUGAGGUACUCUACCUCAGGCGAGAAAUACCUCGAGAUGUCUUUAAUAUUAGACAUCGCGCACCAGCUGUUAUUGACAAAUAGACACACACCCCAACCCCUCGACUUACCAGACGUAGCUGCUCUGUCCUGCCGAUGCACGGAAAACCCAGCCAGCUCUAUAUUAUCUGUGUCGUCGUUCAGCCACGACUCGGUGAAACAUAAGAUAUUACAGUAGGAUAGUCUCAAUCGUAGAUCAUCCAGUUUAUUUUCCAGUGAUUGCACGUUGGCCAAUAGAACGGAUGGUAGAGGCAGUUUACCCACUCGCCGAUGAAUUCUCACAAGGCACCCCGACCUCCGCCCCCUGUAUUUCUGUAUUUUCUUCAUGCGAAUGAUGAGGAUUUGGGCCUGGUCUCGGGGAAGCAGUAUAUUCUUCGCGUCGGACUCAUAAAGAACAAAUCUUUGUCCAGUUCGAGGUGAGUAAUCGCUGUUCUGAUGUCCAGAAGCUCUUUCGGUCAUAAGAGACGGUAGCAGCAACAUUAUGUACAAAAUUAGUUACAAACAAUGCGUAAAAACAAACAAAAUAGCACAGUUGGUUAGGAGCCCAUAAAUAUAUUAAGCAUGAGUCCAGAUAUUAUAGAAAUGUACACAUGGUCUUGAAAGAGACGUGUGUAGCGUUGGCCUUGGAGCCCAGGGACUGUAGUACCCUCUGUAGGACCCCCCUGUAGUACCCUCUGUAGGACCCCCCUGUAGUACCCUCUGUAGGACCCCCCUGUAGUACCCUCUGUAGGACCCCCCUGUAGCUCCCAAACGGAGCUGAGGCGUCCUGUGGAACUCCUUUCCUCUCCUCCUCUAUGUUCUCCAGGAAACUAACAGUGACCCCCAUCUCUGACCCAGUUUAAUUAGAAGCCAUUUCCUCUCAUGGAGGGGCGGAAUGGAGGGAAGGAGGGUUGAAAUAGCGGCGGGUGACUCAUGUCUUAGAUAAGGGGGGGGGUGUGUGUAACAGGGGUGUUCGUCCACCGCUCCCUUCCGCUCGCUCGGCGGACCAUAAAUUAUUUAUGCAAGGAAGGCGCUUGAGUUAAAAUGAGGCCGAAAGGGCAGUCACCGAAAUGUCAGAAAAGACAGAAAACAAAUGGCAAAUGUCCUCAUUAGGCCAGACUGUGAUGUAAAAUAGAUGUGAGGUGAAGUAAUUAACAUGACCACACCUUCCUCAACUAAAGUCAGGCGGAACUUGGUCUGGUGCCACAGACAGAAAUUACUAGUUUGAAUGGACUAGUCCUCAGCCCUGCUCUUCAUUAGCUAGUGACAGGCCGCUCACAUCUCAAUCACAACACAAGCCCAGCUAUGACUUCACUUCACCUCAUUUUAUAGUGUGGGUCAAGCUUUCCCCCGAGACCACUUGGUUAUUCAUGUAUCUCUUUAUAACAAUCACUCUGAUGCUACAGUAUCUCCCUCCCUCCUUUAUGAGAGGAUGAAUGGGAUAGAGACGUGGGGGUCGGAGACGCCCAUUUUGAGUGCUGCCAUUCUCCUACACAUGCCCUCAUUGGUCAGUUGCUUCACUCCACGCUGCUGGAUGCUGAUACUGAAGGUCAAGUGCACACUACCUAGUGGGAAAACAAAGAUUAGUGCUAACGACUUGUCUGCCUAUUAGCGUUUUCAUUACGCAACAGUUUGAUGCCGUUAUGACAUUCUAGAGCUCAGUGUGUCAUAAUUAAGGGAAAAGAUGGUGAGUGCUGGCCAAACUGUUCCAUGACCACAGGACUGCAGCCUCUUGAGCUCAAAUAAGUUGGUUGUCUCUUCAGCCCUAGACAACGAACGAAAGACGUCGCUCUCCAAAUGAGGACGGAUUUUGGUGACGUCAUUGUGUGUCUCUGACGUUGUUGCCCUGCAGUGUUUUCACCCCAUGUGGCCAACGCCUUGUUUGCUAGAAAUUAGAAACUGUUAAGCCCCAGAAAACCAACAAAGACAGACAACAUUUCUGGGAACAUUGGCUUAUUUUAUACAUUCCAGUCUUGCCCAAUAAAGACAAUAUUACAAAAAAAAUAAUGAAAUCCAGCCAAUCUUGCUGCCUGUUGACCUUUAGUGAGAUGGGCCAGGCUAAGUAAGGGUGCUGGCUGUUCCAUAUGUCUGGUUGUUUUAUAUGCCAUGUGAUGUGAGGGAGCAGGACGCGGCACUGACCCACAGUUGUUAACUUUAGACUAUGGUGUUUUGCUGCUUUUGAGUGUCACCUGUCACUGUCUGUGACUGUCCCAGAGGAGGGCCAACACAUACUGUAACCCCUCACAGCCUGAGUGACAGCCCCUACCCACCUGGUCAGGGUCAGAGUUCAACACAGGUGUGAACUGGAGGUAGGCACCCAUGUGAGGGAGGGUUAGUGUCAGAAGUUUAGAUGUUUCUACUAGAAAUUCACCGUCAUUAAUAUAAAUAAACAUAAAGGUCUCUAUGUCUCUUGUUCUCUGCAGGACUAUACGGAUGCUUUGAUCUCAAAUUACUACGUAAGUUCUAAGCUUCACAUAUUACUUACGGUAUGAAACACUCUGCAAUGUUUCAUCAAUGUGUUCCGCUCUUUUUCAGCUAUGGCCUCCAGUCCAGAUUGCCAACUUCUAUUUCAUCCCACUGCACCACAGGUAAGUAAGGCCCAGGGAUGGUUUAGUGACGUCAAUGUUAUCCUUAUGGAUAUUCGGUAUAAUGUCAAUUUAUACUCGGAAAUAUUGAUUUAUUAAUUCAGCUGUGAUGCCUGAAUGGAAUUCUGAUGUUAGUACGGAACUCUUGUCUUGCAGAUUGGCUGUGGUCCAGAUUGUAGCUGUCGCCUGGAAUUCCUACUUGUCUUGGAAAGCCAAUAAGAUGUAA